UCAGUGGAAUGGUCAAACAAUUACAGGAUUUGAGUCACUCAGCUCUCUCAAGAGGAGGAAGGUUAGGGAAUGAUAAGGGACAUACAUCAUAAGUUUACAGUAAUUCUAGUGUUGAGGUGUGUGUUUGUGUAUCUGCGUGUGUGCAGCAGGAGAAGGAAAUAACAGCAUGGAUCUGUGAAUGGAACAAAUUAGCAGGCAAGUCAAGUUUUAGGUCUGCACACACACACAUACACACACAACAGCAACCCCUAUUCUUCCAGCACACACACACACGGCCUUGGAGAAAAGCAGGGGAUUCCGAUCCGUCACAGAGAUGACAUCACAGCCUGCCAGCGAUAAAAACAGCUAAACAAGGGAGUCCCCACUUCCCCUCCCUCCGACACAUCCCACAGAAUGAGCCGAGAGAAGAGUUGUGCUGGAGCGAGUGACUCUCAUUAGUUCACAGGAACACAGAGAGAGUCCCUUUUAAGGGGCUCACAUGCACACGAGAGCGCGCUGACACACGCACAAACACACUUUAGCUGUGUCUCCAUAGUGACCGGCUUCGCUGCCCCAGCUUGGGGAGGAAAUGCCAAACUCAGUGCUUCAGAGCCGCUCCAGCAGAAAGACACAAACACACACACACACACACACACACACACACACACACAGCUCUAUUCUAAUCCUCUGUCUGGCCACGGCGGAAAAAACCUCUCCUCAUCUUAUCACUGUGCUACCUCCCUCUGUCCACUCUCUCGUCUUCCUCUCCUCCCCACAUUUUCCUCUCCCUCCCCCUCUCUGCCUCUCUGCCUCCCCUGUCAGUGUAAGUUCAUUGAAGUAGACAGCAGAGAGAUGAAAGAGAAGAACCCCUGGUACACGCCUGUGACCAUCAUCAUCACUGUGAUUGGUGUCAUAGCGAUUGUUGCCCUGGUGACGGUAGCAGUUUUGCAGAACAAGCCCCUCCCUCAAAAGUACAAGUAUGGGAUCGUGCUGGACGCUGGCUCCUCCCACACAGCUCUGUAUAUCUACGAGUGGCCGGCUGAGAAGGAUAACAACACUGGAAGGGUUGAGCAGUUGCAUUCCUGCAAAGUCAAAGGUCCAGGUAUCUCCAGCUACGCGUCUGAUCCAUUGAAGGCAGGGGAGUCUCUGAGAGCAUGCAUGCAGGAUGCCGAGCAGUGGGUGCCCGGAAAGAGACACCACGAGACCCCUCUUUAUCUGGGAGCUACUGCUGGAAUGAGAUUGCUGAAUAUGGAGAACAGCUCGGCAUCAGACAAGGUCUUUCAGGCUGUGGAGGAUGCCCUGAAAAAGUCUCCCUUCUCCUAUCAGGGAGCGCGACUACUCAGCGGCUCGGAGGAGGGCGCCUUUGGCUGGGUCACAGUCAACUACUUGGAUGACCGCCUCAAACAGGGCUUGGAGACCACAGGCGCCCUUGACCUUGGUGGGGCCUCCACUCAGAUUAGCUUUGUUUCUGGUAAUUAUGACGGUUCAGAGUCACCCAGCAACUCCGUGACCUUCCGACUCUACGGAAAUGACUAUAACCUGUACACACACAGCUUCCUGUGUUACGGGAAAGACCAGGCACUGCGACUGACGCUGGCACAGCAGUCUAAGGUAGGUCCAGCAACAGUAGAAGAUCCCUGUUUCCACCCUGGCUUCACUGAGACAAGGAACUACUCGGUCCUCUAUGACAGCCCCUGCGUGUCAGACAGGAAACCCCAAGGAGGUCCCGCAACCUUCACUCACACGGGGACAGGAAACUUCCUCAAAUGCCAGGAAGUCGUCAAAAGCAUCUUCAACUUCACUCACUGCAAAUACAGCCAAUGCUCUUUCAACGGGGUCUUCCAGCCACUUCUGCAGGGGCCAUAUGGGGCUUUCUCUGCCUACUACUUUGUGAUGAACUUCCUCAAUCUGACCGACACAUCCAUCCCUCUGGAAACUGUCAGGAAGAGGCUUGCAAACUACUGCGCUACGCCCUGGGAAGAGGUGAAGCAGCAGCAUCCUGAUGUAAAAUUAAAGUAUCUGGCUGAGUACUGUUUCUCUGGCACGUACAUCCUGACCCUGCUGACAGAAGGAUACAACUUCACCUCAGAGAGCUACUCCAACAUAAAAUUCAUCAAAAAGAUUAAAGGCAGCGACGCAGGCUGGACGCUGGGCUACAUGUUAAAUCUGACCAAUAUGAUUCCAGCUGAGGCUCCUGACUCUCCCCCUCUGCCCCACGCCGGCUACGUCUCCAUAGUCACCCUCAUGGCAAUACUGCUCUUCAUCCUCUUCAUCUUCAGCCUGCGCCCUCUCUGGCCCCGCUGCUCCAAACAGCCUCAGAUCGUAUAAACACACACUCACACAGAUGUGUAUAUAUAAGCGUCGGCGAGGGAGGAAAUGUCUGUGAGGGCUAUUCGGCCAGUUUGUGAAUAAGAUAGUCAACUUUACACUUUCCAGAUUUUGUGGGGAGGUGAAAGGUCAACGUCUGCUGCACAUCAACAGUCCUGCAGCUCGUGUGGAUUCAAGGACAUUUCAGAAGGACAAAUACUUUCUCCACUCUUUCUAAAAAGGGAGUUUUGCUUCUCCGGUUGAAGGACAGUUUCUGUGUUUGCGUGUCAGUGUGUGUGUGUGCGCGUGUGUGUGUGGAUUCGAAUGUGUGCUUGAGUGUGUGUACCCACAUCAGUCUGCAUGUAUGUGUCUUGAAUUAUGAUGUGAAUAUGAUAAUGUAUAAAUAAAAUAACCCAAGUUUAUAUAAAA